AUGGAACCAGCGGACUCCUCCCUCCCCUUGGAUAUAGCGUACGACACAUCUGUCCACUUGGCCCACAUGUGGAGGCUGGAGCAGAUCACUGCACAGCUCGCAGCUAUCCAUGCUAUCCAGGCCAAGCUCCUUGGACCACGCCAUAUCCAACUCCCUUUCCCAUCCCUUAUCCACUCUCCCACUCCAUUCCUGACCCGGCUUCCAGAACCACACCAGUUCCAGCUUUCACUUAUAUCCCAGUACCUGUCUCUGGUUUCCGAGCCCCAUCUGCCCGAGGACUGCCCGUCUCCAGAAAGUGUUGUACAACCAAGUGGUACUAAGGGCAGUGUUCUGAGCCACUUCUGGCCGGAGAAGCGCCGUCUCGGGCCCCCGAGCCUCUUCAUCCUGGAGAAGCCCCGUCUCGGGCCCCCGAGCCUCUUCCGCUCUAGGACCUUGUGCCGGAGAACAGAAAUGGAUUUGGUGAAGAACAUUGCUUUGUGGUGCUCACCAGCGGGGUGGUCUGGCCUCGCGAUACUAUUUGUUUCUGCUGUGUUUGCCAUUGCGUUUGUCAUGUUCUGUCUAUAUGUCCAAUAUAUUCAUAUGAAAUAUGAUCAUAUACCCGGACCUCCCAGAGACAGUUUUCUGUUUGGACACAUCGCCAUGUUGCAGAAAGUGAUGCGCGACGAUGGACUUGUGCACGAUACAUUUUUGGAAUGGGCUGAAAAGUAUGGGCCUGUUGUUCGGCUUAACUCCUUCCACACUGUUGUGUUACUUGUCUCAAGUCCGGAAAGCAACAAGGAGAUACUGAUGUCUUCAAAGUACCCUAAGGAUCCAUUUGUCUACAAACGCCUUUUUAACCUGUUUGGAACAAGAUUUCUAGGAACUGGCUUGCUUACAGACUCGGAUCAUGACCAUUGGUACAGACAACGCCGGAUAUUGGACCCUGUAUUCAGUAACUCGUACCUGCGUGGCCUGACACGUUCCUUCAAUGAGAGGGCAGAUUUCCUGGUGGAGAAGCUGGAGGAGAAGGCAGAGAGCAAAACCCCAGUGUCCAUGCUUCGCAUGAUCAACUGCCUCACUAUGGACGUCAUCGCCAAGGUGGGUUUUGGGAUGGAAUUGGAUUUACUUAACAAUACUGAGUCCUACUUCAUCAAGGCCACAUGCCUAUGUCUGCAGGGAAUGAUUCACAGUCUCAGAAACCCUCUCUUUGCGCUAUAUCCCUGGAACUGGAAGUUCAUAAAACAUGUGAAGCUGUCUGUACAGCUAAUCCGAAAGACUGGAGCAGAGUGCAUUGCAAAGCGGAAGAGGGCAAUUCAACAAGGGGAAGAAGUGCCCAAAGACAUCCUCACCCACAUCCUCAAAUGUGCUGAGGUGGAAAAGGACGAGGACCUUGAGCAGAUGCUGGACAACUUUGUAACAUUUUUCAUUGCUGGACAAGAAACGACAGCCAAUCAAAUUUAAUUUACUGUUAGGGAACUGGGGAGGGCACCAGAAAUACUAGCAAAGCUGAGGAAAGAGGUGGAUGAUGUCAUUGGGUCAAAGCAGGAGAUUGAAUAUGAGGAUAUUGGGAAGUUGACCUACUUAUCUCAGGUCUUAAAGGAGUCUCUCAGGCUAUAUCCUCCUGCUCCUGGCACAUCUAGGUUGGUGGCUGAAGACAUCAUCCUUGAUGGAAUCAACAUUCCAGGAGGCGCAGUGGUUACAGUCAGCUCUUAUGUGUGUGGAAGAUUGGGCACAUUCUUCAAUGAUCCGCUGAGGUUUGAUCCAGAUAGAUUCCAUCCUCAUGCAGAGAAGCCGUAUUUCUGCUACUUUCCCUUUGCCCUGGGCCCUCGGUCCUGUCUGGGGCAGAACUUCUCGCAGAUCGAGGCAAAAAUUGUGAUGGCAAAACUGCUACAGAGGUUUGAAUUGGAUCUCAUCCCAGGACAGUCCUUUGGCAUUGAAGAUACAGGAAGUCUGAGGCCCCAGGGGGGUGUGAUUUGCACUGUCAGAUCUCGAAGCCAUGCUCAUGACUGACCGCAUGGUCCAGAUGGAGACAUUUACCAUGUUUUUGUCAAGGUUGCGCUGAACAAUAUUAUUCAAUUCUGUGGUUUAUUUGAUGUUUUUUUUGCUGCCUUCAAAUUAACCCUCAUAUCUAUAUAAUUGAAUUUUGAAAGUGCUAUAAUUUAUACAAAGUACUGAUUAUGAUUCUCAUAAAUACUGUACUGGUGUUUCAAUGAACAAUUCACUGAAUGAUUGUAAAUUGGC